AAGGCUCCAGCAUUUUCUGAAGAAAUUGGCUGUCGCCAUGGGGGCCUCCAGUUCGGUCCAUGGCGGUCAGCUUCAGCAGCUCCGCACGGCACGGUUUGCCAACGAGCAGGGGCUGACGUGGAGCGGACUGAGCGGAGUCUCAGAGGUGGUGGCCAGUGUCACAGACCGGGCCAACCUGCUCUCAGAGCUGAGGUCUGGGGGUCAAUUGCUGUUGAGGGUGCGUGCCACAAAGAAUAACGUCGAGUUCAUGACUGCUGAGGGCGUGGUGUGUUUGGUGCACCUGAAGCAGCUUGGAAACUUCUUCUCAGGAAGCCAGACAACCUGGACUGUAUGGUCGGCGACAGGCGGCGAGGCAUUUGAGGCGCCAAACGGCACCAUGAUGAGUAAGUGCGGCAUGGCCGCAACUGUGAAGGAGGGGCUCGUCGAAUACAAGAAUACGACAGGCACCUUGAUCAUGCGCUUGAAAUUGGACUCCUACACGCAGUGCACGGCUCUUGGGUUCAAUGACGAGCUUAUCGGAGUAUGUCAGGACAUGGCCAACAACCACUGCAUCGCUGGCCGGGUCACAGUCGCAGCAGGCGUUGACGCACUGCUGGUCUUGGCCUUGUCCACACAGCUGCUGUCAAUUUGCGGGUGACGUGGGAGUCGCUGCGAGUCCAUCAAUUGCUCUAUGCGAUUCGCGUGGUGCUACCCAGGAAUUUGUGCUUUCACACUGCUGGCCGGGUGUGGGCGCACAAAGACUUGGGGGAGAGCUAGAUGCGCCACAGUGUUCGCUUUCACCGGCUUCAUUCCUGCCAAUACCGUGUGGAAAGCCUAGAUGACUCACAUGAUCAAGUGAUUCUAAUGAGGCAUGGCAGCUGAGAGUUGUCAUUCCAGACCUGUGAGAAGCACCACGUCUUUGCAAGCAUGUCGCUGGGAACCACGAAGCAACACUUGAAGAAGCGGGGGAUGCUACCAGCCCCUUGACUGGUGCCACGCUUUCGCUACCUUUGACGCUACCUUGAUUAAAACACGCUGGUCGGUUUGAAGAGCCUGAUAUCUUCACGUACAGCUUCAAUAUGUGAUGCCUGGGCGCUUGAGCCAACUCAUCCAAGCUCCAUCGUCCGUGACCCUAGUUCCUUAGUGGCACUUACAC